UACUCAUCCUAGAGUGGCACUCGGACGGUCAACAGCUCACACUCCACUGAUCCCACUCACUCAAAUGCAAACAAACCUCAACGACCACAAAGCUACACACGCACCGCGAGGAUCGAUGGCUUCUGCAGCUCGCUUCCUCCUAGCAAUGCCGCUGCUCCUCUUGCUCGUGCUUCAGCACGCGGUGGCCGCGGUGGCUGCUCCGGCCACCUUCCCGGGAGACAGGGCCGCUCUGGCGUCCUUGAAAUCCGCCGUGGACGCGGCGACCAUCCCGGCCUACUCCUGCCUCGCGUCGUGGGACUUCGCCCGCGACCCAUGCACAAGCUUCCCCUGCGGCCUCCACUGCUACACGCCGCCCAACUCCUCCUACCAGCGCGUCGCCGGCGUCGCCCUCGACCCCGCGGGGUACUCCGGCACGCUCCCGGAGCCAGUCUUCGCCUCGCUACCUUUCCUGCAGACCCUAUCCCUCCGCGACAACCGCUUCCACGGCGCGCUACCGGCGGGGGUGCCGCUGCCGCCGAGCCUCCGCGUACUCGACCUCUCCGGUAACGCCUUCUCCGGCGAGAUACCAGGGUCGCUCUUCACCGCCGCCUCGUCGCUGCAAGAGCUCGACCUCUCCCGCAACGCGUUCACCGGCCCGGUACCGCCACAGGUCGCGUCGUUAGGUGCGCUGACGUGGAUGGAGCUGCAGCACAACGGCCUCGCCGGACCCCUGCCACGGAUGGGCGAGAUGCGCUCGCUCGCCCACCUCGACGUGAGCGGCAACAAACUGUCCGGCCCGCCGCUGGACGCGCUGCCGCGGCAGGUCUUGUCCGUCGUGGCGCGCAACAACAGCCUCUCCGGGCCGCUGCAGGCCGCGGCGUUCCACGCUCUCCCUGCGAUGCAGGUCCUGGACCUCACGGGCAAUGCGCUGACAGGCGCAGUCCCCGGCGCCGCGUUCGAGCACCCGGCGCUGGAGCAGCUGCGCCUGGGCUCCAACCGGCUCGGCGCGGUCGAGGAGGCGUCCAACGGCGGCGCGUCCAGGCGGCUCGUCGAGGUGGACCUCAGCGGCAACAGGGUCGCCGGGCGGCUUCCCGGGUGUCUCGGGGUGAUGCCGCGUCUCGCGAUGGUGGGGCUCGACCGGAACCGGUUCGUCGGAGGCGUGCCGGGCACGUACGCCGCUCGGAUCUCGGUGGAGGAAGUCACGAACGGGAUGGUGCCGUUCGCCAAGCUGACGCUGCAGGGGAACUAUCUCUGCGGAGCCCUGCCGAGGCUGAUGAGGCAGAUCAAGGAGGGCGGCGCGACAGUGAGUCUGGCCGAUAACUGCUUGCUCAAGUGUCCACGCAAGUUCUUCUUCUGCCAAGGGCUCCGGCAGAAAGACCAUGCCACGUGUCCCAAGUGCGAGCCAUGAGAGCUUGCAUGCUGUAGAUAACUAAACAUAUUGUAUUACAGUAAACCUUGGCAUA